CCGCUCUGCGGUACAUCUAGUCUGAGUUCUAACUCACACACGUUAAAUGUGUCAUGCCAAACCUCGAGGUGGCGAUAGAGACAAGCCAAAUGCGGGUCAAAACACCACAGUGGAAGGGUAGCCUGCCUACACACAGGCAAAACAGAUUACAGUUGAGUGGUUUCAGAAUAAUUUGACAAUUUACUGACUCGUCUGUGUUACAGUAACAGCAGUUAUUCUUCAUAAGCGGUCAUCUGAUAUUUGGUUUGUUUGCAGCUGCAAUGUCAUGAAAAUGUGGGGACGUCAUGUAUCGUUACAAUAAGUUAAUUUUGGUUGCUGUGCCUGCAUAUGCCCUUUACGCCAUCUGUUCAAACUUAUAUAAGUCAUUCAGACGGAACAAAUGUGUAGUUUUCGAAUCCAAGAAAACCCUUCCGUGUUACCUGUACCUUUACGGCAGGUACAAAAUUCAGUCGUUCCGUAAACGGAAGGGUCAGUUGUAUCCUCACAGGGACAAAACUGUAAACCCCACGUUCACUAUUCUCAACUGCAGUUUGGAGGUGGAUGAUGUACGAUGGUACUGCUGGGCAGCCGGGUAUGGUUGGGACUACCCAGACAGUGUCUUCAGGGACAUCCCACUGUGUUUCUGUGACGUCCUUUGUUGUCGGUUGCUGGCAAUGGUAAUAUCCUCCGAUGAUUUCAGGUUAAGCCCUCAAGGUCUUUUCACUGUGUGCCAAACCAUAAGGAAAUUUGAGCCAAUAGAUGAGUUGAGGAGAGCCUCCUUCUGUCUGGAGGCAGGGGUGGCAGACUAUAGGCCUGUUGACAGUGGUGUGGAGGUGGAUAUCUGGUUUAAGGCCCUGAGAGCUGAUCACCCAGUAUGGGAGAGUGUUGUGACCAUGCUCUCCCCGAGAGAUUGCCCGGCAUCUAAUGUCAAGCUCCAGUCCAGUUCUGUAGAUGCAGCUGUUGAAAAGAAGUCACUGGACAUCAAGGUGCCACUGUUUACUGGGCUUAAGUCUGUGUGGGCCUUCUCUGACAUCUCUUUGAAGAACUUCCUUGUUCUUCCAUCAAGAUUGGGUAUUGUGGGACGUUCCACAGCUCACAGCCUAUGGAUGGUGUCCCAGUGUCUAGCUGAGAUUGAGAAACACAACGGGGCUGAUGCUGUACGAGCUCCACUGUCCGUGUCAGUCCAGUUCAAGCAGCCACUGGUGCUGCCAAGAAAGGUCAUCAUCCAUUUUUGGCAAGCCACAGAUGAGAGCUGCCAGCUGCCUGUGUGCAGGUUUCAGCUUCAGGAUUGCAGAGGAACCUCCUACAUCUUGGGAGAUAUAAUCAAGGAACCUGGCUGAUGGACUGGAUAACUGAAAUUACACUCAUUGUUAUGUAAGAUUCUCUACCAGUGCCACUAUUGGUGUUUAAAAUAAAGUUUG